UGAUUAGUAAAAAAUAUUAAGUAAAGUGGUAGUAAUUAAUAUUAAAACAUCGGUUGUAUGUGUUUUAUAAUUUUCUGGCAAUUUAUUACAACUGACGUGUCAACUUUAAAUUUCACCAAAUUGUUUUGAAAACAUUCCAUGCUUCAUCAAGUAUUUUAGGAUUGCAUAAAUUUUAACACAUCGUGGCGAAUUCAGGAAAUAUGAGAAGAAACAACUAUCCGUAUCAACCGCUUAAUCAAAAUCCUAGUGUCAGUGCUUCCAAUGAUGUGCUCGAGCAAGAAAACGAGCGCGCCGAAGAGGAGCUCAAACAAAAAAUUGGUGCACUAAAAUCACUAACCAUCGACAUUGGCAAUGAAGUUCGAUAUCAGGACAAAUUAUUGCGUGGUAUCGAUGACGACAUGGAUCGAACUGGCGGCUUUCUUGGUACAACUAUGGGCAGAGUUCUGAGGCUGAGUAAAAAGGGCGGAGGCAGGCAGAUGUGCUACAUGUUCCUGUUCGUUUUGUUCGUGUUUUUGUUGCUGUAUUUUGUGAUCAAAAUGAGAUGAGCUAUGGAAAUCGAAGACACUGAC